CUUCGUUUCGGCUUAUCCCAUCUUCUGAAGAUAAUGAGGCUCCUUUGCAGCAGCUGCAGGUUGCGAUUUCUGCCCAGCAUAUUCACAGGAUAAGGAGAGGAAGUGUUUGCUUCCACUUUUCAUACAAUAAUGACAAAUUUUACAUGACUCAAGAUUGCUGAUGUUGUUGGUCCUAGGGCGGAAACCUUCAUUUUCAGUUCAAAGUCACUAAGACGCAGAAAGUCUCAGACUGUUGUCAAAUAUCCAAAGCAUGCAAAACAUAUCUCAGAUUUGGUCUUCCCUACAACAGUCAAUGAACUCCAGCACAAGACUGACGGAAAAUGGAUUCAUUCUUUCAUGGCUUUCAUGCCUUGAUAUCACUUGAAGAGAAAGCUGCACGAGAAGAAAGUUUUGAGUAUUAUUGCAAGGCUGUAGACUUGUACAACGCCCUCAGUCAGCAGGUUACUAAGAGACCAGUGUUUCUGAAUAAAUGUAUGAGUUAUGUAUUACCAGAGGAACACAAAAAGAGGGCACAAAUGAUAAUUUCUUUGUCAACCGCUUAUAAUGAUGAAUCACAAAUGCAAAGUUGCUUCCCUCUUUUUAUAUUGUUGGCUAGAGAUAUUUCAGUUCCAACAACUAAGGAAAUUGAAGCCUUUGAGUACUCCAUUGGAGGAAUGUGGAGACUUGACGCUUGUCCUGCAGGAAGGGAAAGGGAGAGAUACACUGACGUUAAGUUUGUUCUACCUCAAGUAGAAGAAACAUUGAGGAAAAUAAAAGAAGAGUCUCUUUCCAUUUUAUUCAUUAGCACGGCUGAAAUUGCUAAGAAUCAUAAGGAUUUGUCCUCGUUUCCUUCAAACGUUGAAGGGAAAUGCUUGGUGGGAAAGGUGCCAUUUGAAUUAGUUUUUAACUCAUGGAUGAAUACUCCCAACUUUGCUUCGGAAGAAAAUGCUCAUCUUCAUAAAUCUGUCAAAUUAUACCCAUAUUUUAUACAGUCAAGCUGCUCGCAAUUCGAAAUCCCUUCGUUUCGGCUUAUCCCAUCUUCUGAAGAUAAUGAGGCUCCAUUGCAGCAGCUGCAGGUUGCGAUUUCUACUCAGCAUAUUCACAGGAUAAGGAGAGGAAGUGUUUGCUUCCACUUUUCAUACAAUAAUGACAAAUUUGACAAGACUCAAGUGGCACAGGACUUCUCGUGUCCUUUCUGCUCAAUAAGUUGCCUUGACUUUGAGGGGCUAAAGUGUCACUUUUCUGCUUGUCAUGGUGAAUUCAACUUUAAGUACUCAGUGACUGAUGAUGUCCCAGAUGUAUAUGUUUCUGUCAAUUUUGAUCAAAGGAAAUCUGAGAUUGCUGAUGUUGUUGAUCCUAGGGCGGAAACCUUCAUUUUCAGUUCAAAGUCACUAAGACGCAGAAAGUCUCAGACUGUUGUCAAAUAUCCAAAGCAUGCAAAACAUAUCUCAGAUUUGGUCUUCCCUACAGCAGUCAAUGAACUCCAGCACAAGACUGACGUGCCUGAGAGCAGCUCUGCACCUUCUGCAAGGCUUCAAAAUCAAAAUUGGAGGGCAUCAGUUGAAUGCUUUGAUCCGAAGAAGUGGUGGAGACUGCUUAUGAUCAAACUGUGGAGUGAAGUUAUCCUUGAUGUGUAUUUCAAACUGAUUAAAAUAAUUGAUUUCUUGCCUGUUAUGGUUUUGGCACAAUGGUUUGAUGACUUUGGUUUUGAAGAUUGCAACUAUUGUAGCUUGAGUGAGUUAACUCCAGUUUGAAGGAUUGUCUUUGUUUUACUGUCUAAGCAUCUAUUAUGUCAUUUAUGUGACAAAUCUUUCAAUUAUUAUGCCAUAAAGGUCUAAAAAUUAUGUUUC